AAGCAAAAUGGCAACUAUGGAUGGCACUACGGAGCAAACGUCCUCUUGUAAUGCGGAAAGAUUGCUUCGUGUAGGAUAUUAUGAAUUUGAAAAAACCAUAGGAAAGGGUAAUUUUGCAGUGGUGAAACUAGCUACACACAAAGUAACUCAAUCUAAGGUUGCCAUAAAAAUCAUAGAUAAGAACAAAGUUGACUCGGAGAACUUAAGAAAAAUCCUACGUGAAAUAGAGAUUUUAAAAAAGUUAAGACACCCUCAUGUUAUUCGCCUAUACCAAGUGAUGGAAACAGAGAAACAUAUUCAUCUUGUUACAGAGUAUGCCAGUGGGGGUGAAUUAUUUGAUUUUGUUGUUAGUCAUGGAAAGAUGAAGGAAGGGGAGGCAAGACAGAAAUUUCUACAGAUUGUCGCUGCUCUUCGUUACUGCCACAAGCGACAUGUGGUUCAUCGAGACUUGAAAGCAGAAAAUUUGCUUUUAGAUAGAGACCAAAACAUAAAGAUAGCAGAUUUUGGGUUUAGCAACUUCUAUACACCUGGCGUUUUACUAUCCACUUGGUGUGGUUCUCCACCUUAUGCAGCACCAGAGCUAUUUGAAGGGAAGGAGUACGAUGGACCCAAAGUUGAUAUCUGGAGUUUAGGGGUAAUCCUUUAUGUAUUAGUUUGUGGAUAUUUGCCCUUUGAUGCUUCGACGUUACAAAAUCUACGAGCAUUAGUAGUCUCGGGGAAAUUCAGAGUACCUUUCUUCAUGACAUCAGAUUGUGAAGAUCUCAUAAGGAGGAUGUUACAAGUAGACCCAGAGAAAAGGAUUAGCAUAGAAAGGAUACUUCAGCACAAAUGGAUAUUGCAGGAGGAAGGUAUAGAUCCGAAGUUAGAAGAGGUUCUUCGUCAGUAUGAGUAUAUGGAGAAUGAAACCAGUGAAAACAUAAAUAUUGUUGAGCACAUGAUGCACGUUAUACCCAAUUUAGACAAGGAAAAGAUAAUGCAGUCUGUUCAUGGACAAAGAUUUGACCACCUUAGUGCCAUAUAUCAUCUUUUGGAAGAGAAGUUAGCGGAAGCUUCAUCUGCAUCAUCGUCUCCCUCUAUAUCCCUCUACCCUCCGACGUUACCUGUUGUUCCUACUCAUCACAGAAAAUCAUCUAUAACUACUGGAUUUGUUGAUAGAAGUCCUGUCUCUGACACUGAGGAAUCGGCUGUAGCUGUGCCUCUUUUUUCAUGUUCGCCUCUUCCCUUGAACUUGCCUCCUCUUCAUGACCCAUAUCAAGCUUACUCCUUGGAAAAGUAUGGUGAUACAGACAUCAGUGGUGAAUCAGAUACAGAUGAGCCCAACCAGCGGUCAAUGGAUAGAUACUUAUGUUCAAGAAGACACACAGUUGGACCUGGAGACACUCACCAUGAAGAGGUUCGGGAGGCUACAAUCAGGGGUCAUCUACAGUUUAUAGGUCAAGGAGCCAUGGGAAUACAUCAAAAUCCCCCAAUGCAUAUUCUCCCUCAAACAAAUCUCCCUCAGAAUUUACCACUUGUUCAGAACCAGCCACCCCAGAAUUUCACCAUCAAAGAUCAACAUCUGCUAAAACCACCACCAUUUAUGGGCACUGCAAGUAGUUUAGGAAGGCGUGCUUCAGAUGGUGGUGCUAACUUGCAAAUGUACUUUCAACGUCACUGGAGUGAAGGUUAUAGUCAUCCUAACAGUCAAGAACAGAUGACUCAGAUUGGACUAGGCACCAGCUGCUUAGGGGGUCACUCACAGCCCUUACCACAACAAGAGGAUGAAAUCGCGGGACAAAGGGAGGAUGAAAUAGACCCAAGUGAUGUUGCUCAGUACAUGUCAGGGCGCGGAGGUAGUCAGCGAGCUACAUUACCUUUAGUUGGACCAAAGGAUGUACAAGAAGUACAGAGAAAAAUGACGCCUAACAGAGCAAGGAAAUCAGGAUUAUCUAUGGUUACGGAAAGGCAUCCUGAAAUCAAUCCAGAUUUGAGAUCAGAAGCAGAGGCUCGGAUGCAAAGGCCUUGCUCUCCACCUUACCUCCAGUAUAUGUAUCCACCAUUUGUUAAUUCAUCAUUAAGUGUUGGUAUAACAUCAGGUAUCCCUACUUCCUCAUCGACAAAUGCCCCUGUCCAACCAGGCAUCGUUUCAGGCAUUCCUCCUCCUUGCUCCUCUAAGAGAUCUCCUAAUCCUGUUCCACCUCACAGCUUAUCCAGCCAUCAUCCACUUGUGGGUUACAGUUGUUGCUCUCCAUCUCCCUUAUUAUCCUCCUCUUCAUCUUCCAUUACCUGCACCUCCUCGCCUUCCUGUGCCUAUUCCUCUCCCUCAACAGUCCCAGGAAUAGUUUCGGGUAUUCCUCCACCCCAUAACAACAACAACACGACCAACAACAACAACCCUAGGGGAAAGCACCAUGCAAGAAAAAGGAAGACUGGCCUUCCCACAGUACAGGAAAAUAAUUGGCUGGUUUCAGCAUCCACAGAUCCAUCUGAUUGCACCAUAGUGGGUCGAGAUUACAAGGAUACCCUUUAUUUGACAUCAGAACGCCAUACUUUAAUAAGUAAUUUCCGACGUGCUUCAGAUUCAUCUACAUUUAGUCUUUCAAAUAUAAAUCAAGAAAUGCAGAAGUUACAGAAGGACAGUGGGGUAACCGAUGCAGCAAUGCAAGCAGAACUUCAACGGGGUCACUCUCUCCACCGGAUGCUAGCUGUCUCAUCCCCAACUCCAUGUCCACAUGGAGGGGGAUCACCAGCGCCAGGGAUUAUCUCUCCAUGUCAGACACCUUCUAUGCUUGGGGGAUCCAUAGCUGGGGGCUCUCCUUGCCGGUCCCCACUCCCACAGUCACCCAGUCCACAUCCACAUCCACAUCCACAUCCACAGUCAGCAAUAUCACCGACACCAUCACCACCUGUUCCUCCGACAACACCACCUUCGAUACCAAGUUCACCUCUACACCACAGUGGGAGUAGCAUAGAUGGGACAGCUCUAAGUUUAAGCAGACUUCAGCUCCAUCCACCAUCUUCGCCAAGUGGUCCCCGUAGUCCUGCUCAUCGUCAGAGUCCCCCAUUAGCACAUUCUCCUCAGCCUUCUUCACCUGUGUCUUUACUGAUUCCUGGUACGCCUUUAUCACCUCCACCACCUAGUUUGAUACAGAGGCCUGGACCGUCUCCUCCUCCCCUUGGUUUGGACAGCAUUAGAGAGGAACCACCCAGGCGCACCCACAUCUCUCCGCGUUUAUCACGUCGUCAUGUACAUAGUUUUACACAAAAUCCACAGAUUUCUAUUACUGAUGAAACUGGUGUGACUGGUGAUCUUGUUUAUAUACCGUCAUCAUCAGAUUCUUCUCCAGAUGUUUCUGAUGAUAUGGACUCUUCACCCAUCCCAUCACCCCAGUCUCCUGAUCUUUCUAAUAUUUUUCCUCAUGCGUCACCUCAGCGUUUAUUAAAAGGAUUAUCAUUAGAUUCCUCUCCUUUGCCAUGUAUAGGACAGUGUGACACUCAAGGACCCUCUAUAACAAGGGGUACAGCAGGAAUCCUUCCAUCUCGCAGACAGACUCCACCAGAUAAUAAUAAUGUCCAUAGAAUUCGAAAUGAAAGAAACAUUGGUUUAGUGCGACAGAAUGCCAUCACUGGAAACCAUCAUCAGCAUAUGUUAAUUACCAGUAUGGAGUUUAGACAUAGUUUUCCACCAUUCCAUAAUGGUGGAGCAAGUGAAAGUGAUACAGACAUGGCAGACAUUAGUCCCCUGGGGGAGAGAUCACCACUAGGAGAGCGUAGUAUAAUUGAACUAAAGUUGCUGAAAACAGGCAGUGGCUCAAUCCUAUUAACUCUCCCAACAAAGUGGUCUGGUAUGGCUCAACAGGACUUAGUUGGAAAUAUAAUGCACAUCCUAGAAAGGAAAGCUCCUUCCAUCGUGAGAGAAGGCGUUCGAGACUGUGGCCUUUCUGUCAGGGAUCAUACAGGGGCUCAAAUAGACCUGGAGGUCCAUGAAGGACCUGCAGCAGACUCCCGUGCUCUUAAAAUGCGUAGAGUUUCUGGUGAUGAAUUACAGUAUACUCAACUCUGCCAGCAGUUGAUAAAUUGUAUGACACCCUAACAUUUACUAUUUUAUUACGUGUGAUGUGAAAGUUUUGUUUAUGCUAAUAUACUUAUUGAGAAGAACAUCCUAAUUUAAAGUUAUCAAAUAUGGGGGUGAUGUCAACAACUAGGGCAGAAUCUGUUUUCCAAAGAUUUUGGGAAGUGACUUGUUUCCUACAACAACCAUUAUAGCUUAUACAUUGACACUACUUAAGAAUGAUACUUGCUGAUCGUAACACUUUUGUCUUCUAAUAUUUUUUUUUAUAUAAUAUCAAAUCAGUUUCUAGAUUUUUAUUGGAAGGGAAAUUGAACCUAAUAUUGGCAAAAAUACAAAUAUUAAUUUUUUUUUAUAAAUAAACAAUGACUAGAAGUCUUCUCCAUA